UUCACGGCGGUAUUGCAUUUUGUAUCUGUUGUGGGUUAUCCCGUAUCGUGAAGAGUAUCAAUUGUACGGAUACAUUAAUGACAAUAUUCUUACCAUGGACGUAGAUUUGCUUAGACCAGGCACAGUGCCGAUUUCACCGGACACAAUAUUAUGGUUCGAAUUUUUACUAAAUCCUUCGUUGCUGCAGAAACAUUUAUCAAAACCCUUCCCAGAUCCAUCACCCACGGACCUGAUAAUUAAAUUUAUGACGAUUAAUUCUGACCAAAAGGAGAUUGAGCUCAAAACAAUUGAUACCGAGUCAAACGAUGUAAAGCCUAAUGGUGUAAAUAAGUGGUCUCACAGGAAUUUAGCAUUGAAGAUACUUUCUUUGAAAGUAGCAGCAUAUCUCAAAUGGGACUUGGAUAUACUAGAGAAGAAACUACCUCUGCCGAUACAAUUAACACUAUUGCAAGAUUUAUUUUAUAUCACAUCUGAUGUCAUGGUAGAGAUACCUACAAUUCCAGAAUUCUUUAUAGAGAAAGUCUCCGACCAACUUUUGUUCACAUUGGUUUUGUAUCAUAGAUGGCACUUAAGGGCAAUUAUUUAUAGAGCUUUAAGUAACAAACAGCCAAAACAACAAUUACUUCAUAUACCAGGCUUUCAAGAAUCGACAUAUGUACCACCAGGCAUAGUGGAUGACAUUAUUAGGAAAUUAGAAGCACAUAUACCCAACAGCGUAAGUGCCCUAAACACUAUUUUAGAAGCAUCCGAUAUAAAGCCAAUGGUUCUCUCUUUUGAUACUUUUCAAAUGUUGACUGAGGAUAGUAUAGAAAUCAAGCAAAAUUGGGAAAACAUGUAUCCAGUGAAUAUAGAUGAAUUUAAAUGCCAGAUACAUUAUGAUCUUGCGAUGUAUUAUUUAUUGAGGGAGGAAUAUCAAGAUGCUAAGUGUCAUAUCAGACAGGCAAAGGAGCGGUACAGUAAACUAGAUUCAACAGUGAAAUUAACGUACUGCAAAGUACAAAAGGAAUUCUUGGAGGGCGCUUGUCUCGCGUGUGAGGUACCGAUAGAAAAUAUCACUCCUAGUCUCACUCAACGUUUGCAGUCCUCGAUCAAGGAUCAAUAUACUAACAUAUUGCAGAUUUUGCAAACAGACAAUGUUUUCAGGGAGAUACCUCAGGUUUAUAGAGAUAACUUGGAGUUAGACAUACAAGGCGGGUCUGUUAACAGGAAAAUUAUAGUUGCUCGGGAUCUUCUACUGCAAAUACAAUGCUUGAAUCUCGUCAGGAAAAUCCUCGAUGACAGCAUAAUCCUGGGUGAUUAUGUAACUGAAAUUAAAGCAGCCGGCUCUAAGGGUUUGGACGUUCUAUUUUGGGCCUUAAAUAACGUUAUAGAAAAGGCAUCGCCUAUGGAUAAGAAACGAAUCUCGCGUUACCUUCUUUAUCUUAUAAACACUACCGGUAUAGAAGGGCUUGCUCUGAAAAUACUUAAUGAUUCCUCCUUCUCGUCAUUAUUUGAUGAGACGGAACUGGCUAUCAUUAAACAGGCAAGUGUAUCCGACGAAAUAGAAUUACCAAACUUGUUGCUAAAUAACGACUGGGGUAUAUCACCUAUACCAUAUAUACAUAACACAAGAAUCGAAGUAUUUGAACUGGAACAGAAGUUGAUAGCGACUUACGACAGUCAUGAAAUCCGUGAGACGUUGAUCCAUCUGGAUGGUAAACAUCGUAUGAAACCAUUGUGGAACGUUAAUGGCUGUUGGGAAUUGCCUAUUCCAUUGCAGAGUGUGGUGAUGUCUCUCUCGAGAGGUUUCAUGCAGGAUUAUUCGUAUGUUCUGCUCGCAAAGAGUCGAGAAUUGGUGAUGUUUAAAAAUUUCGACGGUGCAAUUGAGCUGCUGAAAGUUUUGGAUAGUGAGCUGCAGGAGCACAUGAAAACUGCAGCAAAAUCUCAGGUCUACAAGUUGUGCAAGUUAGUGAGCUGGGAAUGCCUACUCGUCGAAAUAUGGAAGUGUCUUCAUACUUGGCCGACGACCAAUGUCUCUGAUAUGCAAAGUAUGGUUGCACGGUGUAAGCAGUGUCUUGGUGCCUUACAAGCGACCGACCAAGUAAUCCCGCGACAAGAAAUAAUAGAGUACUGCACGGUCUUUCUGUUAAACAUGGCAGAGUGGGAUUAUCUCACCAGUUUGGAGAAACGCUGGAGUUACACGGAGUUCGCGGCCGCCGUUAGCAGCGUUUGCCAAGACAUCGUCAAGUACAAGGGGACUCGCAAAUUUCCGCGAGAGGCAUGGGACAUGAUUUUAGCAGCAUUUGGUCCUAGCAGAGAACAGACGCAAAAACGCAGCGGUGGCAGCGGUAGCGGUGGCAACAGUGGAAGUUCUGGAAGUAAUGCGUCGAGGGAUGUUGUCGCCAGUAUUACAAGUACUCUUACUCGGUUACGUGAACCUAUGGUACUCACUGUGGUGAUAUCGUUGCUAGCACGUUUACGUAACGUUUUGCGCGACGAAUCUAGUCUGGAAUUGCAUACACAGUAUCUUACUCUUUGGCCUGCCGGAGUACCAAAUGCAAAUUCAUACAACAUCCGAUAUAUCGGGGAAAUAUUGUUCCAAUUGUUAAUACAAGCUCUGAAAUAUUAUCCCUGCAAUGUGCCAUGGCUCAGACUAAUGGGCGAUCUUAAUUUCGUUUUGGCGUACUACGAAAGCGCGAUGAAAUAUUAUUUAAAGGCCAUCAUGGUAGCUAGUGAUUUGUUUAGCCAACCCAUACUACGCACACAGAUAGACGAUCUUGUUUACAGAAGAAUGAUCAAGUGCUGCGCUCAUUUACAGUGUUAUACUCAGGCGGCUAUAUUGUGUCAGUUUUUAGAAGAGGUAGAUUAUUCUCUGGCAUUUAAAAUGGCAUCUAGUGAUCAAAAGAACUGUGCAACCGCUGAUGCCAUGGAUGCAUAUUAUCACUGUAUCUGGGAUAUUACAUUAUUAGAGUAUCUCAUACAUCAACAUGCAAAGCGCGGGGAGCAUCACCGGAAACAACUCGCGAUCAAAGUUAUUGGUUUGCUAGAAUUGAACUCUAAUAACAACGAAGAGAUCCAAAGAGAAGCGGCGAAUAUUCGGAAAGCUAAGUUUUUAAGAGCAUUAGCGAAGCAAUAUGUAUAUUAAAAAGUCGAUUUUAUACAUGUAUUACACAUAUAUGUAUACUAUGCUGGACAAACGUAUUGGUAUAUCGUAAUAUUUUCUAGAUAUUUAAUUAAAAGCGGAUAAACAUGUAAGAAGGUAAAUAUAUACGAUUUUUUUGAA